AGAAUGGCAGCGGCGCUGAACUUUAACCAUCCUGUGUAUAUCUUUGUGUUGCUCUCGGAGGAGUGGCUCCUACAUGACAAACUUUCAGAUCCCUGCUCUGCUCGCAGACCUGCAGGACAUGAUCAUGGGGAGCACUUUGGCCAAAUGUGCCGCCGCAGACCUGGGCAUCCAGUGGGCCGGCUGGGCUCUGGCUGCUGCCUUCAAAACCGAGAAGUUUUAUGAUCUGGCAGGAUCUGGCACUUUUAUACUGCUUGCCCACCUGAGUCGUCUCUGGGGAGGAGCCAGCCACAUCCGUCAGAAUGUGCAGACUGGGUGUGUGACGGCAUGGGGACUCAGGCUAGGGACAUUCCUCUUCAUGCGGAUCUUGAAGGACGGUCAUGAUCGCAGGUUCAACAAUGUCAGAGAGAGCCCAGGGACUUUCUUUGUGUACUGGACCGUUCAAGCAUUGUGGGUAUUUAUGACCCUCCUGCCCACCCUAAUGCUAAACAGUGAGAGGCAAGAUGUACCUCUGGGAGCGAGGGACUACAUUGGCUGGACUGUUUGGGGCGUUGGCUUCGCUACUGAGGCGAUCGCUGACCAGCAGAAAUGGUUUUUCAAACGUGACCCAGAUAAUGCCGGAAAGUUCAUACAGAGCGGAAUGUGGGCCUACAGCAGACAUCCAAACUACUUUGGGGAGAUCCUGCAGUGGUCCGGUCUCUGGCUCUCAGCCUCCUCAGUGAUGAAGGGCACACAGUACCUGAGCGUGGCGUCGCCUCUCUUCGUCUGGUUCUUGCUGCGAUACGUCAGCGGCAUCCCCAUCCUGGAGAAGCAGGCGAUGAAGAAGUGGGGAGCUGACCCAACCUUCCAGGACUAUAUCCAGAACACUCCUCUGCUCUGGCCGUGGCCCAAAUUUUGAUGCUUUGUAUUUUUAUUUGAUGACCAAUAAAUACCUCUGACAAGA